AUGUUUUUAAUUUAUUUUUUGUCGAUUAUUGUUACAGUGCUGGCGAGCUGUCGAGGGCACGAGUGCGGCCAGGAAAAUCUUCUCAAGUGCGCUAGGCCACUUGGAAAAAUUACAAAUAACAACAAUCUAGGAUUUGUCACCACUAAAAGCGAACUUCAAGCGCUUUGCCCGGACUUACAGUCGAGUAUGAAGUGCAUAAACUCUUACACCAAGAACUGCAUGCCGGAGAACCAGAGACAAAAUUUCAACUCGCUGUAUCAGGGCGUUAAUAUCGCGAUAAAGGAGCUCUGUCAAGACGGGAGCUAUCAGGAUGCUUUUCUGAAGCAUGCACCGUGUAUGCAGAAGGUCCAAACCGACUACGAGCUCUGCUCAAAGAGAUAUCAACAGUCAGUAAUUGAGUUGGAGUCCAAAAACACAACAAAGUCUUCAGAGAACGUUAAAUCUGUGUGUUGGUGA